AUGAGGCGACAAUUUGUCAGAGAAGACGACCUGCGAGUCUGCGACGUCUCCACCUGCCGAUACGGCGGCGAAUGCAAAGACGACGGCGGGCAGCUCAAAUGCGUCUGCCAGCACCAGUGCAACAAAAACUACAUCCCGGUGUGGGGCUCUAAUGGAGACACCUACCAGAACGAGUGCUACCGACGGCUGGCGUCCUGCAAGCAGCAGAGAUCCAUCUCCAGAGUCCAUGACGGGCCGUGCUCUGCUGAUCCCGGUUCUGGUUCUGGAGACGGAGACGACGAUGAGGGCUCAGCCUCCGACGGCGGGAAGAAGUUCACCAAGUGCAGCACGUGUAAAUAUGGAGCCGAAUGUGACGAAGACUCCGAAGAUGUCUGGUGCAUAUGCAACAUUGACUGCAGCGGCCACAAUGAGAACCCGGUCUGCGCUACAGACGGAAACUCGUACAACAACCCGUGCCUGGUCCGCGAGGCUUCGUGCAUGAAGCAGGAGCAGAUCGACGUCAAACACCUGGGACGCUGCCUCGCAGAUAAAGAAAAGCUGGGGAAGAAGGACGACAGCAACCCCUUCAAAGUCAACGUGUUGGAAACCACGGGUCUGGACCAGGGCGAGGGUUUCUACGCCGGCAUGCCGAUCCCCUGCGCCGACAGCUACGCCGGAUUCUGCGUCCAUGGGAAAUGUGAGAUCAAGUACAACAUGGCCACCUGCAGGUGUGACGCCGGGUACAAAGGCACGCAGUGCGACGAGCCGCAGGACUUCAACAUCCUGUACGUGGUCCCCAGUGGACAGAAGCUGCACUACGUCCUGAUCGCCGCCAUCAUCGGAGCCGUGCAGAUCGCCAUCAUCGUUGCCGUGGUGAUGUGCAUCACCAGGAAAUGUCAAAACAACCGCGGCCGGCGGCAGAAACAAAACCUCGGCCACUUUUCCUCGGACACGAACUCCCGGAUGGUAUAGCCUCGUUUCCGGACGCUUCUCUUUGAUAAGUAUUUUUCUUAUAAGGCAGGAAUGCCGAUUUUUUAAACAGUAAGCGGGACAUUUUUUUUUCUCCUGG